AUGCCCAUCACGGCAGAGCCUACACCUCCGGAAAGUCCUCACACAGGAGAGGCCUGCAUCUCUUUUCAAGCCCCUGAACGUCCUAAUCCGACACAAGAUGAAAUCUUUAUGAACGAUCCCCAAUUUAGGCAGAGCCUCAGCGACUUCUCUCAGGCUGUUGCCUUUGAAAACGCUCGCGACAACGACGAGUCUCGCAAAUCGACUCCUAUUCCGGAAGAGGAUGAGAUGCUCCGGGACGAACUCCACCAGGCUGCGACCGUCAAAGAACUCGCUUCUAUAGUUGCCUCAUCCUACGCCGCGCGCGACGUCUACGAGUUGCACAAACCGUUCAUCAUCUGGAAUCAUCUCCUCGAGUUCCUAGGACCAGGUGGCGUCAACGAUCUCCUGAUGUGUGUCUACCUGGAUGGCGAGUGCAGUUACUUCAACCCCGGCGAUGGUACAAAUCUUAGCCGUGCCUUGCAGACAUGGGGAGACGGAAACUUUUUCGUGUCAGAGGCCAAAGUCCCUGCUGCGCAUAUCGUCGAGAGGAUGCUGUCCCUCUUUCUUGGCAUGGCCAAUAUCGUCAACCGAUCCCUGGCUCAAAUGUACUGUGCCAAAUCAUUUUGGGGACAAGUUCAUGGGGGUGCACUCUUCAACAUGUACCAGCGGGCAGGACUCCGGUCAAUCUAG